UGUUGAAUGAAUUAAGUGAUGUUUACAAGUUGCAGUCAUAGAGUUAAGUCCAACUCAUUUAGUACAUGAAUUCAAUACAUAUGUUGUGGUUUAAAUUUGUGUUUGACUUAAAAUUGUUUAACAAUUUAUUAUUGAUACUGGUUUGCUUGUCACAAUCAGAAGGUUGCUACUGAUCUUCAUGUUGCCCAUAGCAUGAAAUGAAAUGUACUCCACUUUAGUGGCAAUAAUUUAUUAUUUUUCGUUUGUUUCAGUUAUUACUUUUUCUUCCUUUUCAGUGUGGACCGAGCAUCAUUUCCUCCAGAACUUGCAAGCUUUGUGAUCAAUACAGAAUCCAUAAGUACAUCUGGAAACCCAAGCAAGGGAGAAUGCAUGGAUGCAAACCUGGAAGAGAAGAACAAGGACUCCAAAGUGUGGCAACAUGGAGGAAUGACUGCCAUUGACUGGUUAAGAAUCUUUCGUAAUCUCGGAAAGUUAACCAAUUUAAGAAACUGGCUGUUAUCCUUAAUUGGGAUGUGUGAUCCCAAGGAAGAUGCUGCAGUUUCACGGAUAAAAUAUGACUUUAAGGAGGAAGUGCUGGCAUGGAGAAUCAAGCUUCGAAGAGAGGGGUAUUUAUUAGGCAACCAAACUCAGCAUUUAUCACUGAGUGGUACAGUCCUAGACAAAGACCUCUCAAAGAUGGACGACACACUGAAAGAAAACAGAAGGCAACUGUUGCUUGAGCACUUUGUGGAUGGUAAGGCGAGAGCAGAUGUCAAAAUAACUACUGUGUACACUACUGCAGAAGAGAGGGUCCAAGGGGAGGACAUCACUAAUCAGUCAAAGGCAGAAAUUCUCCAGAGAGCAGAAGACAAAAUCAAUCUACUUAUUGAUGAAGAUGCAAAGGAUGUGCUCCAGAGUAAGUUUAAUGAACUUAAAAGAAGACAGUCUUCCACAAGGAAAGAAAUCCUGAUCUCCUUCUUCCAUGAAGUUUGUGAAGAACUUAGACAGGAUGUGGACACUGAGGAAGUUGUAUUUUUUGAAGAUCAGUAUGAUGAGAGAGAGUAAUGAAAA